UGCAAACAAAAACGAAAAAAAAAGGCCAAAAGGGCAAAAUCGAAUUUUAAUAAUCAUUCUUAGAUUAUACUAUGAGCCUAUGUUGGCGGUUCUUUCUGCGUUCGGUGUUUACCUGACCUGACAUGAAACAACUCUUGCAUUUCGUCUCUUCAACCUCUAUCAAUCUUACAAGUGUUCAGAAGCAUUUCAGUACCAAAAGCUUGGUUUGUUGUCUUUGUGUGAAAGCAAUGGGGUCUAAAAGAUUGAAAAGACCCUUUUCAAAUUCAUCAGAACCCAUUUCAUCAUUUGUUGAGGUUAACAAGGAUAUCAAGCUCAAAGGGUUGGAAGCAACCCCAAGUUCCAAGAAUCAUAUUAUUGUUAAGGAAAAUGAUGUUGGUAGCUAUUCCAUUGAGAUUGAGAGAUUAAGAAAUGACCCGGCCAUAGUUGACACCAUGACUGUUUCGGAACUCCGGAAGACAUUGAAGAGUAUAAGGGUCCCUGCCAAAGGUCGUAAAGAAGAUCUUUUGUCUGCCUUGAAGAGUUUCAUGGACAAUAAUAUGUGUGAACAAGAUUCUCAAAUUAGAGAAGAGCAAGUGCUGUCCAUUUCUUCUGAAAAGCAUGUGGAUGAUGUUAAUGAUACUCUAGAGACAGAUGAACUUAACAAGGAUAAGACAAGGUUAAAACAAUUAGAACCCGAAAGCAAAAUUGUCAAAGCGACAACCAAAAAGAAGCUGAUGGUUAAAUCAGACGAGGUUUCAGAUUUUAAGCCGUCUAGAGCAAAGAGAAAAGUAUCUACGGAUGAUGUUAGCACUGUAGUGCAAUCAGAUGAAAUCAGUACAUCCACUAUUCAAACUGAAACAUGGACUGUUCUUGCUCACAAGAAACCUCAAAAGCAUUGGAUUGCUUAUAAUCCUAGAACUAUGAGACCCCCACCUCUUUCUCGGGAUACAAAAUUUGUCAAGCUUUUGUCAUGGAAUGUCAAUGGAUUGAGAGCAUUGCUAAAAUUAGAGGGAUUCUCAGCACUUCAACUGGCCCAAAGGGAAGACUUCGAUGUAUUGUGCUUGCAAGAGACUAAACUGCAGGAGAAGGAUACCGAGGAAAUAAAACAGCGACUGCUAGAUGGCUAUGAGAACAGCUUUUGGACAUGUAGCGUUUCUAAGCUUGGUUAUUCUGGAACAGCAAUCAUCUCAAGGAUAAAGCCUCUUUCAGUUCGAUAUGGCCUAGGUAUAUCUGAUCAUGAUAGUGAGGGUAGACUUGUGACCGUAGAGUUUGAUACAUUUUAUCUGGUAACUGGAUAUGUGCCUAAUUCUGGAGAUGGCUUGAAAAGACUGUCUUACAGAGUAACCGAAUGGGAUCCAGCUCUCAGCAAUUAUUUGAAAGAGCUGGAAAAGUCAAAGCCUGUAGUUUUGACCGGUGAUCUGAAUUGUGCUCAUGAAGAGAUAGACAUAUACAAUCCUGCUGGAAACAAAAGGAGUGCUGGGUUCACAGAUGAAGAGAGGAAAUCCUUUGAGACAAACUUGUUAUCAAAGGGAUUUGUAGAUACCUUUAGAAGGCAGCAUCCUGGUGUUGUUGGAUAUACUUAUUGGGGUUAUCGCCAUGGUGGCCGCAAGUUUAACAGAGGAUGGCGUCUUGAUUAUUUCCUUGUCUCGGAGUCCAUAGCUGACAAAGUUCAUGAUUCAUACAUUCUCCCUGAUGUCGUUGGCAGCGAUCAUUGUCCAAUCGGUCUUGUUAUGAAGCUUUGAAUCUACAAUUGAAGCACUGGCUCUAAGCUUGUUUUGAAUCUUGAUUUAUGAAAGCCUAUUUACCUGAAGCAUGGAUUUUUGCUUUUUUUUUUUUUUUUUUUUUUUUUUUUGUCUUGUUUGCUUCAUCUUGGAAAGUUCUGCUAUCCUUGUAAAUACUAUCCAUGAACAAUUUGUCCUUGGAUGUUUGCUUUAGAAUAUGCAAUGGUACCUAGGAGGGUUAGAUCUAGGGGUGUAUUAUUGACUUGUACAAAAAAAGUAUGUCAUUUUCAAAGAGGCAAUGUUGAAAUCAUGAGUUAGUUACACUCUAUGAA